UUCCUUUCCUGGCACUUUGCCUCAGGUACCACUCUAAGGGUCGACCAAUAAAUUCCUGCAAAGCCAAGUGCAGGAUGAGCACGAUCAGCCAAGAUGCCGUGGAGAAAUACCUCGAGGACAACCCUGGCUUUGCCAAGGACUACUUUGACCGGAAGCUGCGGGUGGAGGUGUUGGGAGAAAUGUUCCAGAACAGCCCAGGGUCGGGGACUGGGCCUGGGCCGGUCAGCGCCUCGCUGGCCGAGCUCACCCGGGUGGAGGAGGCCGCCGUGUGCUGGGAGCUGCUGUGCCUGGUGCAGGAGGAGGCGUGCGCCAUGGAGCUGGUGGCCCACCGGGCCCUGCAGAGGUUGGCGCAGCUGCUGUCCGCUGACCGCUGCAGCAUGUUCAUCUGCAGGUCCCGCAACGGCACGCCCGAGGUGGCCUCCCGUCUGCUCAACGUCACGGCCACCUCCAAAUUCGAGGAGGACCUGGUGACUCCUGACAGAGAAGUGGUGUUUCCGCUGGAAACUGGGAUUGUGGGCUGGGCGGCUCACACAAAGAAAACCUUUAAUGUUCCAGAUGUGACAAAGAACAACCAUUUUUCGGAUUCCAUGGACAAGCAAACUGGCUAUGUCACUAAGAAUCUGCUGGCAACUCCCAUCGUGAUGGGCAAGGAGGUUCUUGCUGUAAUCAUGGCUCUCAACAAAGUAAACGCAUCUGAAUUCUCUAAACAGGAUGAAGAGGUCUUCGCCAAAUACCUAAAUAUUGUCGCUAUGGUCCUAAAACAUCAUCAUAUCAACUACCUGUACAGUGUUGAAUCUCGAAGAAGCCAGAUCCUUAUGUGGUCAGCCAACAAAGUCUUUGAAGAGCUCACUGACGUUGAGCGACAGUUUCACAAAGCCCUCUACACAGUUAGAACGUACCUCAACUGUGAGCGGUACUCCAUCGGACUGCUGGACAUGACCAAAGAGAAGGAAUUCUAUGAUGAAUGGCCAAUCAAACUUGGAGAAGCUGAGCCUUAUAAAGGGCCAAAGACACCAGAUGGCAGAGAAAUAAACUUUUAUAAAGUCAUUGACUACAUUUUACAUGGAAAAGAAGAGAUCAAAGUGAUCCCGACACCCCCUGCGGACCACUGGACUUUCGUUAGUGGGUUGCCUACGUAUGUUGCUGAAAAUGGAUUUAUCUGUAACAUGAUGAAUGCUCCCGAGGAUGAAUACUUCACAUUUCAGAAAGGACCUGUGGAUGAAACUGGUUGGGUCAUUAAAAAUGUCCUGUCCUUACCUAUUGUCAACAAGAAAGAAGAUAUUGUGGGAGUGGCUACAUUUUACAACAGGAAGGAUGGAAAACCUUUUGACGAAUAUGAUGAACACAUUACAGAGACUCUCACACAAUUUCUUGGAUGGUCUCUUUUAAAUACUGACACCUAUGAGAAGAUGAAUAAACUAGAAAACAGAAAAGACAUUGCUCAGGAAAUGCUCAUGAACCAUACCAAGGCCACUCCUGAGGAACUGGAGUCCAUACUGAAACUUAAAGAGAAAUUAAAUAUAGAUGUAAUUGAAGACUGUGAUGAGAAACAACUUGUCACACUUUUGAAAGAGAAUUUACCAGACCCAAUGACAGCAGAGCUGUACGAAUUCCGCUUCAGUGACCUUCCGGUUACAGAGCACGAGUUGAUAAAAUGUGGACUACGCCUUUUCUUUGAAAUAAAUGUGGUAGAGAAAUUCAAAGUGCCUGUAGAGGUUCUUACCCGAUGGAUGUACACGGUGAGUAAAGGUUACCGCUCUGUGACUUACCACAACUGGCGGCACGGAUUCAACGUGGGCCAGACCAUGUUCACUUUGCUGAUGACAGGAAGACUGAAGAAAUACUAUACGGAUCUAGAAGCCUUUGCCAUGCUCGCUGCUGCUUUCUGCCAUGACAUUGACCACAGAGGCACCAAUAACCUGUUUCAGAUGAAAUCUGCAUCUCCACUGGCAAGGCUCCAUGGCUCUUCCAUUCUGGAGAGGCACCACCUGGAGUACAGUAAGACCCUGCUACAGGAUGAGACUUUAAACAUCUUCCAGAACCUAAAUAAACGCCAGUUUGAAACAGUCAUUCAUUUGUUUGAAGUUGCAAUAAUAGCAACUGACCUGGCUUUAUAUUUCAAGAAGAGAACGAUGUUUCAAAAAAUUGUUGAUGCCUGUGAGAAGAUGGAAACUGAAGAGGAGGCCAUCAAAUAUAUAACCAUUGAUCCAACAAAAAAAGAAGUUAUCAUGGCAAUGAUGAUGACUGCCUGUGACUUAUCCGCUAUAACCAAGCCCUGGGAGGUACAAAGCCAGGUAGCUCUUCUGGUUGCCAAUGAAUUCUGGGAACAAGGAGACCUGGAGAGAACAGUGCUACAGCAACAACCGAUCCCAAUGAUGGACAGAAACAAAAAAGAUGAACUACCUAAACUUCAAGUUGGAUUUAUUGAUUUUGUUUGCACUUUUGUAUAUAAGGAGUUCUCACGGUUUCAUAAAGAAAUCACACCCAUGCUGAACGGUCUUCAGAACAACAGAGUGGAAUGGAAAUCUCUAGCUGAUGAGUAUGAAGAAAAGAUGAAGGUAAUUGAAGAGGAGGCCAAAAAGCAGGAAGAGGAAAACCCAGUAGAAAAAGCUGCUGAAGAGCCAAAGGAUUGUGUUGAUGACAAAAAGUCCAAAACCUGUCUAAUGUUGUAA